GGCGGCCUCCCGGUCGGCUCCGCCCCCCUGCUUCUCCCCGCCCCCGCAACCCCGCGGAUUGGCGGCUGCAGACGGCGCGUUCUGAUUGGCGGGACGGGCUCAGCGCGCCGUUUAAAACGGUUUGCGGUGUCUGCGCGUUAGUGCCCUCCUGCCCGGCUAGUCUUCGUCUCCCUGUGGACGCUGGCUGACUCUCUCCCCCCACCCCUUGCGAUGGAUCGCGGGAUCCUCUCUCCGCCCGCGGACUUGCUGUCCGAUGAGGAUGCUCUAGCCUCCCCCGUGUUUGAGUCCACAGCUGCGGACCUGAGGUCUGUAGUCCGAAAGGACCUGUUGUCAGACUGCUCUGUCAUCUCCGCGCCCCUGGAAGACAAACAGGCUCCGUUUGAGGACACUGCACAGAGGGUGAAAGUUUACCUCCGAGUCAGACCCUUGUUGACUCCUGAGUUGGACCGACAGGAAGAUCAGGGCUGUGUCCGUAUUGAGAAUACAGAGACCCUUAUGCUACAAGCACCCAAAGAUUCCUUUGCCUUGAAGAGCAAUGAGAGGGGAAUUGGUCAGGCCACCCACAAAUUCACCUUUUCCCAGAUAUUUGGACCAGAAGUGGGACAGGCAGCCUUCUUCAACCUGACGGUGAAGGACAUGGUAAGGGACGUGCUCAGAGGGCAGAACUGGCUCAUAUACACAUAUGGAGUCACCAACUCGGGGAAAACCUACACGAUCCAAGGUACCGUUAAGGAUGGGGGGAUCCUGCCACGGUCCUUGGCUCUCAUCUUUAAUAGUCUCCAAGGCCAGCUUCAUACGACACCUGAUCUGAAGCCCUUGCUCUCCGACGAGGUAAUCUGGCUAGACAGCAAGCAGGUUCGACAGGAGGAACUAAAGAAGCUGUCCUUGCUAACGGGAGGCCUCCAAGAGGAGCUGUCCACCUCGUUGAAGAAACGGGCCCACGCUGACAGUCGGAUGGGUACCAGCACCAGCUUCGACAGUGGUGUUGCUGGGCUCUCUUCCACCAGUCAGCUCCCCAGCAGUAGCCAGCUGGAUGAAACAAGUCAGUCAUGGGCACAGCCAGACACUGCCCCAGUAAGUGUCCCAGCAGACAUUCGCUUCUCUGUCUGGGUCUCCUUCUUUGAGAUCUACAAUGAGUUGCUCUAUGACCUGUUAGAACCACCUAGCCAUCAGCACAAGAGACAGACCCUGCGGCUGUGCGAGGACCACAACGGCAAUCCUUACGUGAAAGACCUCAACUGGAUUCAUGUUCGAGAUGUUGAGGAAGCCUGGAAACUCUUGAGAGUGGGUCGUAAGAACCAGAGCUUCGCUAACACCCACCUGAACCAGAACUCCAGUCGGAGUCACAGCAUCUUCUCAGUCAGAAUCUUGCACCUUCAAGGAGAAGGGGACAUGGUGCCCAAGAUCAGUGAACUGUCACUCUGUGAUUUGGCCGGCUCAGAGCGCUGCAAAGAUCAAAAAAGUGGUGAGCGGCUAAAGGAAGCAGGAAACAUUAACACUUCUCUGCACACCCUGGGUCGAUGUAUUGCUGCCCUGCGACAAAAUCAGCAGAACAGGUCAAAGCAGAGCCUGAUUCCUUUCCGAGACAGCAAGCUGACUCGUGUGUUCCAAAGCUUCUUCACUGGUCGAGGCCGCUCGUGUAUGAUUGUCAAUGUGAAUCCCUGUGCAUCUGCCUAUGAUGAGACUCUUCACGUGGCCAAGUUCUCAGCCCUUGCCAGCCAGCUUGUGCAUGCCCCGCCUGUACAUUUGGGAAUCCCGUCCCUGCAUUCAUUCAUCAAGGAGCACGGUCUUCAGGCGUCCCCUGGCUUAGAGAAAGGGGACCACGCUGACUCAGGCCUUGAUGACCACCCUGAAAACGAGGCUGACCUCUCCAUGUAUGGCAAGGAGGAGCUACUACAAGUGGUGGAAGCCAUGAAAGCCCUGCUUCUAAAGGAACGACAAGAAAAGCUGCAGUUGGAGAUGCAGCUCCGGGAGGAAAUCUGCAACGAGAUGGUGGAGCAGAUGCAGCAGCGGGAGCAGUGGUGCAGUGAGCAUUUGGACAACCAAAAGGAACUGUUGGAGGAACUGUAUGAAGAGAAGCUAAAGAUCCUGAAGGAGUCACUGACAAGUUUCUACCAAGAAGAGAUUCAGGAGCGGGAUGAGAAAAUUGAAGAGCUAGAAACUCUAUUGCAAGAAGCCAAAAAGCAGCCUGUGGCCCAACAGCCAGGGUCUACACUGUCCCUGCGGCGGUCACAGAGGUUGGCAGCCUCUGCCUCCACGCAGCAGCUGCAGGAAGUCACAGAUAAACUAGCACAGUGCAAAGCAGAGCUCCGCUCCACAACUGAAGAGCUGCAGAAGUAUCAGCAAAUGUUAGAACCACCACCUACAGCUAAGCCCUUCACCAUUGAUGUAGAUAAGAAGCUAGAGGAGGGCCAGAAGAAUAUAAGACUGCUACGGACAGAGAUUCAGAAACUAGGACAGUCUCUGCAGUCAGCAGAAAGGGCCUGUUGCCACAGCACCGGAGCAGAAAAACUUCGGCAAGCCUUGACCAACUGUGAUGACAUCUUAAUCAAGCAGAACCAGACCCUGGCUGAGCUACAAAAUAACAUGAUGCUAGUGAAACUGGACCUGCGGAAAAAGGCAGCCUGCAUUGCCGAGCAGUAUAACACUGUGCAAAAGCUCCAAAGCUCUUCUGCUAAAAAGCGGCUGGGGACAAACCAGGAAAAUCAGCAACCGAAUCAUCAACCCCCAGGAAAGAAGCCAUUCCUUCGAAACCUACUUCCCCGAACACCCACCUGCCCAAGCUCUACCGACAGCGGCCCUUACACGAGGAUCUUGCGCUCACGGCACUCUCCUUUGCUCAGAUCUCCUUUUGGCAAAAAAUACUAAAGUUGUGGAGAUGAAGAUGCAUGCUUGAUGAUCUGAGGCUGCUCAGCUUAUAAGUCUCUUAAGCUUUAACACAUACACACACAUAUAUAUAUAUAUCCUGAACUGUAUCCAGAAUUAUUGUAUUAUAGUCACUUAUAUAAUCUUUUUUUUUCUGUGCACAAAUAUUAUACUGAAUAAAGACAUGGUUUAUGCUUUUA